UCGCGCAUCUUCAAGAUCAUCGUGAUCGGCGACUCCAACGUGGGCAAGACGUGCCUGACCUACCGCUUCUGCGCUGGCCGCUUCCCCGACCGCACCGAAGCCACGAUUGGGGUGGAUUUCCGGGAACGAGCGGUGGAGAUUGAUGGGGAGCGCAUCAAGAUCCAGUUAUGGGACACAGCGGGACAAGAACGAUUCAGGAAGAGCAUGGUGCAGCACUACUACAGAAACGUCCAUGCCGUGGUCUUCGUGUACGACAUGACCAACAUGGCUAGUUUCCAUAGCCUGCCAUCUUGGAUAGAAGAGUGCAAACAGCAUUUGCUAGCCAAUGACAUACCACGGAUUCUGGUUGGAAACAAAUGUGACUUGAGAAGCGCCAUUCAGGUACCCACAGACUUGGCACAGAAAUUUGCUGACACACACAGUAUGCCUUUGUUCGAAACCUCCGCUAAAAACCCCAAUGAUAACGACCAUGUGGAAGCUAUAUUUAUGACGUUGGCUCAUAAGCUUAAGAGCCACAAACCAUUAAUGCUUAGUCAACCCCCUGAUAAUGGAGUUACCCUGAAGCCUGAACCAAAGCCUGCAAUGACAUGCUGGUGCUAAAUAAGUCUUGAUGAUACUCUCUGAUUUUGACUAAAGAAAUACUUCUGAAGUAUGAGAGUGAUAAGUUCUAAGAUUUAAUGUCACAUGUAAUGGAUCAUCCUGGUACUCUGCUAUUUACCAUUGCCAUGCAUACUUUUGUCUUUGGUAUCUACUUCAUCAAGUUUGUCACUGUGACACCACUAGGAAAAAGGUGAUUUUCAGGUCUCACUGAAAAUGAAGCACAGAUAAGACGGAUCAGAACAUCUUGCUGUUGAGAGCCAAAUGAGGAUGGCUUCAGAUGAGAGCAUGGCAGCGUGGUAGGUCAGUAAGUGCUUAAUCCUGUGUUCCUGGGAUUGAAAAGCAAGUAUUAAGGUUUAGUACUACAUCUACUGGUAUGUCCUUUGAAUGGGAAAUGUUCUUAGUAGGAUAAAAACUGGUAUUUGCUUCUCCCCAGAGUUCUUUGUUAAUUCACACAUUGAACUGUGCUGUUAUUGGUACACUUUAGAAUCAAGACUGUGGUUCUGGGGGGUGAGAAUGGAAUAUUCUAGAACGUUCUGGUUCUAGGAACAUAAAGAAUAACUUUCCCAACAGUUCUAGAUGCUCUGUGUUUUUGGUCAGCAUCAAACAGGUCUAUAAAAAUCAUUGUGAUUUUUUAAAAGAGUCAUGUGUUUUCUUGCUAUAUUCUAUUAAAACACAAAGAAAAACAUCAGAUCUUAAGACAAAUAAAGUGACAUCCAUAAGGUGCUUUGUAUUUCAUUUCGGUAUCUUAAAACAGUGAAAAAUGAAUUGAAAGCAUUUGAGGAGUUGUGGGAGGAAAUAGGUAAGCCUGGUUCUUGGCUACCCAAGGCGACCUGUUCUUACUUAGCCUUUAGGGGGGACAUCAAGCUACGUUUAAGACGUGAUAUCUCUUCCUCUCCCUUCAACCUGUCAGUUUAAUGUCUACAUGCUGAAGUCAGAAGUCAUCUUCCUUUUGGAUUAUAGUUCUGAGGUCAUAAUUCUAAUUGCAGUACGUCUACAUGGAUUUCUGUAAUUACAUUGUGUUGUAUCUAUUUUUUUCAUGUUUAAAUUUUAUGGUCCAAGAAAUUGUUUGUCUUCAGUAUGAAAAAUAAAUUAGAUAUUGAAAAAUCUCUUUGUCUAUCCCUCAGUAAUGGAAAGAAUAUUUCAAAAAAGUUGUUUUCACCCUACUUUUAUUUUGAAUUUAAGACUUUGCAUAUAAAAAGAGCAAGCUUGCAUAUGUAGCUAUUUACAUAAAUGGAAUCUAAGCCAUGAAGUUUACCUUAAGUGUGUAUAUUCACGAAUUCUGCUAGAUUGCUGUCCUUGGUCACUUUAGAGGAAAUUAAGCCAAAAGAUGAUUGUACAUUUACAGUAUUUUCAGAAAGGGGACAACUGAUGAAAUGUGUAAUCUAGUUCAGGAUUUUUGUUUAAUCAUUACAGUCACCUUAAUUGGAUAACAUAAUUAUAAAAAUAAGAUAAUUCUGUUCAAUGAACUAUCUGAAAGUAAUAAUUACAGGAAGUAACUACUAUACUUAAAUAUUAAAGCUCAAUUUGGCUUUAUUUGUGUUUAGGGAAAUUAAACCAUUUAUCUUCAUCAUACUAGAAUUAAAUAUUAAAAUUGUUUUACUUUGUCCUAAAUUAACAUUGAUUUUUAACUACUUUUAUAGUAAAACAAUGAUGGCUACAGUAAUUAUGGUGGGUAUAAUAGUUUUUUAAAGAAGAGAAUCUGCUUACUGCUUUUCAAAACAUUUUAUAAAGUGGGGGAAGGAAGUUUAGAGACUUUCCAAGCACAUUUAUAUUUUUUCAGUACUAGUUACAAUGGUUUAAAAAAUUUUACUUUAUUUCUUUUUGUAAGGAGUUAGUAGUAUCCUUUACAGUUCUGUGAAAGGACUUAUUUUUUCACUUUAAUAUUUAUUAAUUUUAAGAUAUUUGUAUCUAAUUUGUAACAAUUUAUUGUUUUAAUUUUUAAAUCUGUGUUUUUAUUUUUUAAAAACAACAUACUUAUCAGUCAAAUGGGGAUAAAGCUUUUAGGUAUAUUCCAAAAUAUUUAUAAAACAUAUCGUUGUUGAAAAAUCACUUCCAAAUUGUGACUAACAACUAAUUAAUUUUUAAGCAUAAAUCACAUGUUUUGUAAAUCUGUGCAAAUUUAUUUUAAGUAUUAUGUCUAAUUGGAAAUAUUGAUAUGUUUAGAGAAAGUCUUAAUUUGAGACUACCAACAGAAACUACCCAAGAAUUGAAUAUAAGUAGUUAUUAAUAACAAUGUUUUAUUGGAAGUAUAUUACUAAUACACAUUUCUUCAUGAAAUCUACAGUUAAAUAAUUUUGUUGUGGAAUAGUGUGACUAUUACAUUUUACCCCUGAAGUUCAAUAAAUGAGCUUUGCCACAA